GUAUAGACACAUUUCGCAAGCGCUAAAUUCGAUCGCGCCGUGCGCGCGAUCCCGGCGAGAUGAAAGUUUCGCCUCUCGUGAUUCCCUGCGCGAGUCCUUCCACGGGAGCCUCCGCCAGAAGUCGGCCUCUGUAUGUACGCAGGUGGGUUUCUAGCCGCAUCCACGAGCCGUUUCACUCAAGUCACCGUUAGAUCCUAGACUCGUGCUCGAGGGGAAAAAGAGUUCUCGCGGCGAGAACAACGAGAACAACAACGACAACAACAACAACGACAACGACGACGACGACGACGACGGCGGCGGCGGCGGCGGGCCAAUCGAGCGAGUAUACAGUGAGUCCGUCGAAGAAGUGUCGAUUGGUGCUCGACGAUUGAUCGUGUGGCCGUGCCAUGACAACGAUAACGGUGAUAUUGCUGCUUCUCGCGGUGACUGCGGCCAGUUCUCUGCCGCUUGCCAAUGUGCACGUGAAAUUCGUGUCGCCUCCCGAUGUGUACGAACACAGCAUUACGACAGAUGGGGAUCGCACGCUCGCUCAGAACUCGUUCAUCUCGAUCGGCCGAAGGAGCACGACGAAGCGGUCUAAGGAUCUCGAUUACAACUAUAGGUCAAAUUUACGGCGAAAUCACUUACGACAGGCGAUACCGGUAACGAGUCCCGGAAGCGCCGAAUCUUUGUGGCCGAUCGGUGUCUUUCUUCCUCCGAUAGACAUCAAUGAUCUCGGAUACAGUUGGCAUGAAGCGCAACGCGGCUUUUCCAAUCUCUACAAAUCACAGGAACGAGACCCGUACUUAUUAACUGGCCGUGAAGCAAUGAUGGCGAUUAAAUACCUCUACGGACUGGGCGAGCUUUUCUUCGACGAUUAUCCGCAUGUAAGGGCGCUACUGCGUAACCAGGAGGAGAGGAGGUUAAACGGACUGCAUGGAAACGUAUUGAGCAGUCUGAAUCCUCAGUCACCAUUCUAUAGGAAAGGAGCUGGUCUCAACUAAGCUAGGGGAGAUCCAAUCAAGUUCGUUCACACUCAGCAAUGAAGUAAUGAAUUACUGAGCGCGAAAAACUGCGCCGUACGCGGGGGAGGAGCAUGGGAAUCUUCACAGGAGCUCAAAAAAUCCGUAACUGAGUUUAAUUUUACAACACAUAAUAUUUCGCAUCACAAUUCGUGUAAUUCUGUAACAUAUCGAAAU